AUGGUGUCCGCAGCCAACCCCAGUCGCGUUGACCCCUCCGAGAAAGAGGAGGAGAAAGCAUUGACCAACGAUGUUUCCCUUAAGCAGGAAAGCGUUGCGAUCAAUGCCGAGCAAGCAGACGAGCCCACCGCGCGUGAAGUGACCGAGCGUCCAACUGGUCCCAAAUUGGCUUUGAUUACACUGGCAUUGUGUCUAGGAGUAUUCCUAGUUGCUCUUGACAACAGCAUCAUCGCCACAGCAAUCCCAAAGAUCACAGGCCAAUUCCACAGUCUUAAUGAUGUUGGAUGGUAUGGAAGUGCUUACCUUCUCACCACGGCGUCACUCCAGCUACUUUUCGGAAAGUUCUACACUUUUUUCAAUGUCAAAUGGACCUACCUUGCUGCCAUUGGCAUUUUCGAGCUGGGCAGUCUGAUCUGCGGCGUGGCCAACAGCAGUCUGACGCUUAUCAUGGGCCGUGCUGUUGCUGGUAUUGGAUCUGCAGGCAUUUUCUCCGGCUCGCUCAUCAUGGUGGCUCACUCGGUGGCACUUGAGAAGCGCCCGUUAUACAAUGGCUGUAUCGGUAGCAUGUUCGGCAUUUCAUCCGUCGCUGGGCCUCUGCUCGGUGGGGUAUUCACUGAUAAAGUGACAUGGCGCUGGUGCUUUUACAUCAAUCUCCCUAUCGGAGCUGUCACUGUUUUGGUGAUUGCAAUCUUUUUCUCUGCGCCCAUCCACAAUGUUAAACAAACUACAUGGGUAGAGCGCAUUAAGAAGUUUGACCCAAUGGGUACAGCUCUUUUCCUCCCUGCCAUUGUCUGCUUGUUGCUAGCUCUGCAGUGGGGUGGUAGUAUCUAUGCUUGGAAUAGCUGGCGUAUCAUUGUGCUGUUUUGCUUUUUCGCUGUUCUCAUUCUCCUGUUUGUAUUUGUCCAGCACACACAGCAAGACAAUGCUACAGUACCGCCACGCAUUUUCUUCCGCCGCACUAUUUGGACCGCUGCCCUGUACAGUUUCAGUCUCGGCGCUGCGUUCCUCUCCUCUGUCUACUUCUUACCUAUCUGGUUCCAAGCCGUGAAAAAUGCUAGCCCUGUCAGCUCAGGUAUCAUGAAUCUUCCCAUGCUGAUCUCUGUUGUGGUCGCCUCCAUUUUAUCAGGAAUCAUUAUCACCUUCGUCGGUUACUACACGCCAUUUAUGAUUGCCGGUACAGUUCUUCUCGCUAUCGGCUAUGGUCUCAUGAGCAUGUUCCACACAGACACAUCCAAAGCUGUCUGGAUCGGCUAUCAGAUAAUUGCGGGCGCCGGUGCCGGUUUGGGUAUGCAGCAAUCUAUGAUCGCUGUUCAGGUUGUCCUUGAUAUUCCUGAUAUACCCACUGGAACAGCUAUCAUCGUGUUCGCCCAGACUCUUGGAGGUGCUCUCUUUGUUUCUAUUGGAAACAACGUUUUCAGAAACAAGCUCAUUGAGUAUCUUGCCAAGUACACCCCCAACUUGAACCCAGCUUCGAUUCUCAAUACCGGCGCUACUGGCUUGCAGAGUGUGGUUAGCAAGGCUGACCUACCUGGAGUCCUCCUUGCUUACAAUAACGCAAUUACCCAGACAUUCAUGGUCGGUGCAGCUGUGGCGGCCGCCAGCAUGAUCGGCGCUUUGGGUGUGGAGUGGAAGAGCGUGAAGGGAAAGAAUCUUGCUCCGGGAGCCGCAUAA